UCGCGCGCGUCAUUGCUUUUGUGAUUUUCUUCUAUUUCCUCGACCCACCCCUUCCCUGCCUCGCUUUACUUGUUUUCAGCUGAAUCCGUGACGUGUUUGCGAUCCGUCUCGAGGAACUCGUUGACAAACAACGCGCCGGGCCAGGUCAAAACACGCACUGUCUCUUGUGCGACGUAUAUGUGGUGCUUACGUUGGCGUGACGCAUAGAAACCGUAGUGCUACGGAACAACGAGUCUGCGAUACCACUGUCAUCGUUUACCUCGGGAGCGCAGUGUAGAACAUCCGAGAUGAAGCACACCACGUUCACUGCCGUAGUGUUACUCCUUGGUUUUCUCGGGCACACGCAUUCGCAAGAAUUCGGGGAAAACCUCUCUGUACCCGACGAGAAACUCCGCGAAAUGAUACCGGAGCUGGCUAAUGUAGACACAUCAGCACUGCCCAGUGUGGAGGAGGCGAAAAAUCUCUUUAAGGAGAAGUGUACAAGAAACGGCGGAGCAGACGCAUUCGACAACGUACAUGAUGCCCAGGUGAAGGUGGAACAGUGCCUUAAGUCGCUCAUCAACGUUACGGAACUCCAGGCAGAAAUGGAGCUUCACAAGCCGAACGGCGAUCUAGAUCUUGUGUUCAAGAAGUAUUGCAACAAGCGCUCGAUUCUGCGCGCCUGCGUGAGCAACUUCACUGAAGUGCUGGAGCAAUGCCUGGAUGAAAAGGAGAGAGAGAAUAAGAAAAUCGUCAUGAAUAUCACUGACUCGAUGUUGGAGUUUAUUUGUUUCAAGGAAGGAGAUCGUAUCGCCCUCUUCAUAGCUGCUGGAGGACCGGAAUGCUUCCAAGCCAAACAACAGGCUGUUCAAGACUGCGCCAAUAAAACUUUAAGUGGCUAUAUACCGAAAAGUGAUCCCUCCGGCCUGAUAGGACUCGAGAGUCUGCCGAGAUUGAACUUUGAAAGCAAAGAAUGCACGGACAUGAACAAUCUGCAGGCUUGCGUGGUGAAGGAACUGGAAACUUGCACGGACCCGACGCCUGCGAACAUCGUGGAUUCUAUAUUCAAUUUCGUCAAGAAGGUAACACCGUGCGAGAACAUACUAAACGCGCAGAGCGCCGCUGCCACCGCCGAUGGAACGUCCGGUGCUCCUCGUGUGUCAGGCGCUUUUACCGUUGCACUAGUAAUUUUAUCUGCUAUAGUGAGCUGUAGUAAGCAAAAUUUCUUUGGUAUGAUAGCGUAAGACAUUAAAAUGCAUGUCGAAAUAGCCUUAAAUCAUUAUCAAAACAGAGAUUGGGAUCGUAUUAAGAUUGUAAAUCGAAGAUUGAUACUCGACCAAUUAGGACAAGGCUGAAGACUGGUUGAAUAUCGAGUCGAAAUAUCAAUCAAGUGCCAAUAUUCAAUCGCGCGGUAGCAAACACGCGGCCCGAAAUGUUCUUAUUAAUGUCUGUGACUACUAAUGCUCUCUACGAUUUUUUUCUGAAACACCAAUCUGCAACAAUUAUUUCAUCUUUAUCAUUAAUUUUUUCUUCAAGAACAAUUGCCAAUCUUAGUACAGAUUGCAAUUGCAAUAUGUUGUAUGAUCUUCAAUUGGCAAUUAUAACAUGAUCUUAAUCGUGCCAGUCAUUUCAGAGAGGAAAUUUUAGAGUAUAUGACAGUGAAUCAAAAGUUUAUAAUGAGCGAUUCGUAUAAGUCACUAUAAAAAGUGUUAUAUUUCUAACAAGAUAACAUAUUGUUUCUUUUAGAUAUAUUGUUUUAAACAUAUUGUUUGCUCUUCAUAUCAACCAAAAUCUUAAUUUGAACUUCUUCUUCUGUGAAUUUAUACUUUAUUACUAUAUUUACAUGAAAGUAAUAUGAGAAUUAAUGAGAACUAGAAUUAGAAUAAAUAAAUUAAAAUAUAUAUUUUCAAAUUAUAGUACAGUUUACUGAAUGAUUCUAUACAGAUAUAUCAAUUUUUUCUUUUAAUUUAAUAUGGAGAAUAAAAUUAAUUUUAUUCUUCAGUAAAGGUUAUAUAGUUUAUUGUUUUAAAAUAUAUAUUUUCUCUAUUGAUGUGUAAUAUAUGUAGGUAUAUUAUAUUUAUAUAUGUGUAUAUAUACAGGGUGUCUCAUAAUUGUAACACACCAACUCUAUAGGGGCAUACAGCUAAACGAGAGAACAAUCAGAAAAGUCCUUCCAUUUUGCGAUAACGCGUCUAGUUUAUUAGUAACAACCGCGUAAAGUUUGGCGUAUGUCACACCCAUCGCGGCCUAUAGAUGCUCCGCGACGAGCUGUGUGCGUCGAGGCAGAGCGGUAACGCGGCGCGUUCAUCGUCCCCUCACCGCAGGUCGGCAGCGUUAAAGCGUCAAAACGCCAUCACGACGGUCAUCAACGCACACAGCGUCUAUAGGCCACGAUGGGCGUGACAAACGCCAAACUUUACAGGUUGUUACUAAUAAACUAGACGCGUUAUCGCAAAAUAGACUUUUCUAAUCCUCUCGCUUAGCUGUACGUUCCUAUGGAAUUGGUGUGUUACAAUUAUGAGACACCUUGUAUAUAUAUAUUAUAUAUAUAUACAAUAUUA